UUGAAUCAGCAGCUGUGUGGCUGGAAAAAGAGCAACUCUCAUUAAAAACUCAAGAGAUUUACUAUUAAUAAUGAAGGAGCUCUCCCCCAUCGUUUUGCUGAUUUCUUUUGCACACAUUUGUUUCCUCUGUGCUUUUCUGGAUGGAGCUCGCGCCCAGGAAGGUCCUGCUGCUGAUGCACUUCGUCGGGGGUUGACAUGGCAACAUAACGGGCAGGUUUUCAGCAUCCUGAGCCGUGGCUCUCAGUACAGGCCCUCCGCAAGGAGGCAAAGCGGAUCACCCGGCCAGGGGAACCCCGUGGUUGUCCUCAGCAGUGCUAACGAUACAGCCCGGGGCUCCCCGAGGGUCCCUGCUGCCAGCAGCUCGGCGCAAUUACGCGCCAUGACGCACCAGCGGCGGCAGCGACCUGACUCCGGCGCGGUUGGACGGGAGGACGUGAUGGUGGGAGAUGAUCCCUACAACCCGUACAAGCCUUCCAACUAUGACCCUUACUAUAACUACUACAACUCGUACUACAGACCUAGACCUCGGGUUCAACCCCGACCCGGUUAUGGCACCAGCUACCACCAGAAUGGACUCCCUGAUCUGGUUCCUGAUCCAUACUACAUCCAGCUCGCUACCUACGUCCAGAGAGUGCCCAUGUACAACCUGCGCUGUGCUGCAGAGGAGAACUGCCUUGCCACGUCUUCUCGUUAUUCUCAGGAUUAUGACACCAGAGUUUUACUGAGGUUUCCUCAGAGGGUGAAGAAUCAGGGAACGGCCGACUUCCUGCCCAGUAAACCUCGAUAUGCCUGGGAGUGGCACAGCUGUCACAAUCACUUCCACAGCAUGGACGAGUUCAGCCUGUACGAGCUGCUGGAUUUCCGAACUUAUAGUCAAGUGGCUGAGGGUCACAAGGCCAGCUUCUGUCUGGAGGACACCUCCUGUGAUCCAGGAUACUAUCGCCGCUUCGCCUGCACCUCACACACUCAGGGUUUGAGUCCAGGUUGCUAUGACACCUACAAUGCUGACAUCGACUGUCAGUGGAUUGACAUCACUGACGUCUCUCCUGGGAAGUACAUCCUGAAGGUGACAGUAAACCCCAGACAGCAAGUUCCAGAGUCCAACUUCAACAACAACGUCGCUCGAUGCGAUGUUCAGUACACCGGCACCUCUGCACACGUGUCCGGAUGCACCGUGACAGCCUAUUGAGGUGAAUCCCCGGAUAUGAGCCUGAAGACGAACAUAGAAGACGCAUACAGAGCUGCACAGGAGUUAAACUUACAGUUUGUUCACAUGUGAGUCAGAUGAUUCAAAUAUACACAAUAAAAAAUACUCAGGACAUAGAAAUACCUGAAAUAGGGACGAUAUGCUGAUUAAUAUUUUAGUCUUUUUGAGUUACUGGGGUAGAUGAUCGAUUUAUGAUGGAUCCAAACAAGAGAUGGAAAAUAAUUCACAGCAGUUCUGAUUCAUUACAUGUGUCCUGUAUUUCUAUAUUGAGAGAGACGUUGUACUUUUUGCUUCCAUACUACUACAUGUAUCUGACAGUUGGAGUUACUGGUUUCUUUUUUUUUAUCUUACUUUGCACAUUUAGUUUUUAUAUCCAACAUAAAAGUUUGUUUAAAGAGGCAAAUUUUUACCCAAAGGCCAUUAGAUACACGUUUUUAGCCUAAAUAAUUUCAGGGCAGGAUUGAGUAGGAAUUCAUUUGCCUUUAUAUCAUGUUUUUUCUUUUUUAAUUUAGUUUUCUCAUGACCUCGUGAGCUUUUUCUAUUUUAAACUGCAAAAAACGAUUUCAUGUGAGUGGGGCAAAACAAUUUAUUUUGUGACUGCACACAGACACGCAUGCUCUCUCUGCGCUUCUAUAGACUGCUUCUCAAUAAGAUUUUUAUCAUUAGUAUUAAUUUAAUGUUUAAAACUUUAAACACAUUUUGAUGACAGUUUCUUGGCAUUUUUAAAUAUAAUGGACAUUUCAUUUUUAAAGUAUCCUGUACGAUUUAAUAUGCUUUUUUGGUGCUAUAUACUAGAUUUUUGAGUUUUGGUGCUAAAAUAUAUAAAGUUUGCACUUUGUGUUUACGAAUUUAAAAAAAAAAUCCUGCCUGUAAAUCCUUUACAAGUAAGUAAGUGUGUGUGUGUGUUUGUGUGUGUUAACUGUGUAAACACAGUACACAGUGUGUGUGCCUGAUGACCUGUAACCACACAUACCUGCAGAGCUGUGUAUAGGCCAAGCUCAUGUCUCAUGCUAUCAUCCUACAUUUCUGCUUCAUAUCACACUAAUAAAGUUUGCUUGAAUGUGAA